UGAUUGCAUACUCUCCUGGAUAUUAGUCUUUUUACAGUUAACCCAAGUUCAGCUUAGACCACCCUUCAUCCUGCAAUCAUAGCAGUGACAAGGUAGUUAGAUCAUGGAAGCAGAUUCAUCAGAAUAUAUGUGGGAAAUGUCAUCUAUCACUAUUCCCUAGAGAUGCUGCCUGACCUACUGAGUUACUCCAGCACUUUGUGUCUUUUUUUGUAAACCAGCACCUGCUGUUCCUUGUAUCUGAAUAACCAGGUAAUGUAAUUUUUUUUGCACUAAAUGUUGCCAUAAUUUGCAACUAUCUCUCUCUAAAAAUAAAUAAAUUUAAUUAAUCACAAUUGAUGUCUUUGUUAGGUUGGGGCAUUGAAGGGAUGUGGAAUUAAGAUGGGUGGAUUUUCUUUUAGAUAUAUUGCGAGGAAACAGGGCCCUCGGUCCACUGAGUCCUUGCCGACCAGCGGCCACUCCGUACACUAGCAUUAGCCUACACAAGAGGAAACAUUUACAACAGCCAAUUAACCGACAAAACUGUACCUCGUUGGAGUGUUGGAGGAAACCGAAGCACCUGGAGAAAACCCAUGCAGGUCACAGGGAAAACGUACAAACUCCACACAGACAGCAUCCGGAGUAAGGAUCGAACCCGGGUCUCAGGCUCUGUAAGGUAGCAGCUCUACUGUUAUGCCAUUGUGCCACCAUUGUGGAUGGAGUUAACAAACAGAUCAGCCACAAUCUAGAAGAAAGGUAGAUGUAAAACUAUUGGAGUUUCAAGGAAUAAGAAGUGAUCGAUUUCUGGGAAGAUUUGACAGUCUAAGGUUACAGUCGUGGUUGGGGCUCCAAGAAUCCAGAGCUCGGGAUCUUAAUCUUUGGAUUGGGCAUUCGGGUGAGGAGAACCCAUUACUGUGUUGUAAAUCUUUAGAAUUCUCCAGUGCAAUUCCUUGCAGCUGCAGAUACUCAUUCACUGAACGCUUUCAGAACUGGGACAGAAGAAACUUUGGAUACAAAGAGAACAAGAGAAAGGAGAUUUAGGAUUAGCCAUGAUCUUAUUUAACAGAAGAUCAGGCUUGAAUAGCGAACAGCUUUUUUUUCCACUUCUGUUCUCAAUCAGUGUGGCCGCUCAUUCGGUUGCUAUUGUGCAGUGGAACGCAGAAGAUUGAACAUAUGCAAUGCAGUAUAAAGUGUGUGCUUGCAAAAAUAUAAAACACCAUCGAAACCACCAGAUGGCAAUUUACUUUCAGUGUGUGAAUAUUGCCAGAUAUCUCAGCAGAACUUUGUGGCAGGAAAAAGGAAACUCUGAUACAUCAGACGUAUCAAAAAAGGGUCAUUUCUUACAUAGGGUGAUGUUAUCUGACUGAGUACUAUACAGUAAACUCAAGCACUGAUAAGAAAACAACUUUUCAAUUUAUUUCUGGAGAGGGUGUCAAGCAGAAGGUAAUCUAACUUGAUGGAUUUCUUCAGAAGGAUGUUCACAUUGCAUAUCUUGCUGUCAGCAGCUGCAAAUGAUGUGAACCUGCAGGUUAUACAAUCUCCGUCAUACUUCAAUGCAACGGAAGGGGACACGGUGAACAUGACUUGUCAGAUUAUUACCUGGAAUGCAGACCUGAGAAUAGAAUGGAAUAAAGAGCUACCAGAGGGAAAGACAUCAUUGCUCACUUCCAAGUGGAACAGGACCACAUAUUACUUAAAUUACUCUGAAAGAUUGCAACAUUUUGCCAAUGAAACCGUCAGCUUACUGACUAUCUCUCGCGUAGAAUUAAAUGACACUGGCCAAUAUAUCUGUCAAGCAAGUAUUGAGAUUCCUCCACCCGUGUUUACAAAAUAUGGCAAUGGCACUUAUCUGCAAGUACAAGUUGGCUUCAAAGAAAAUGCAAUAUCCAAUGGCAGCAGAUUUGGUACAGCAACAUGGAUCUUGAUCGGCUUGUUAUCACCUUUGGCAUUAGUUAUAACAGUUCAUGUUGUUUUUCUGACCAGAAGAUUCUUCUGUCCCAGAAGAGGGAACCCGACGUAUGUCAAUGUGGAAUUUAGAAAGAAGGGAAGCAAAAACAGUCAGCUCACAGAACAGAGAAACGCAAGAUACGUCGUCUCAGGGAGAUGUACAGACCUUAAGACACCUGCGCCUGGACUGCCGGGCACACGGGAAGGAGAUUUGAAACGACUCAACUUUGAUCGACCAUGGAUGAAAUGAUCUGAGAUAUUCCAAAUAAUGGAAACCAGCACAGCUUUGUAUCUGUCUAUUGAUUUGGUUCCCGACUCCACACAGUGGCUUCACCGACUCCACACAAUGUCCAAAACCACCUGGUAUGAUAUUCGCUUGCUUGGGAGGACAGGAUGCGAUGACAAUUUCUCCUUUGACACUCCUCCCCUGCGUCUUGCUGAACAGGAGAUGGAGAACAGUGAGGGGAGUUCCUGAGCGACCCGUCAUGUUGAGGGCCGAUGGCAGUAGCUAGGAGAGAUCGUGAUCCUGGGUUUCCAUCCCAAGAAUGGCUGCUUCCUUGUAGUAUGUGCUGUUACUUCCUGUAGAUAGGGAGUUACUGAUAAAGAGACUGUGCACAAGCUUUCUGAAUGCAGUACAUACGCUGAGAAGGACAGAUAGAGUCAUAGAGUCAUAGAGUGAUACAGUGUGGAAACAGGCUCUUUGGCCCAACUUGCCCACCCCGACCAACAUUUCCCACCUGCCUGCAUUUGGUCCAUAUCCCUCCAAACCUGUCCUAUCCAUGUACCUAUCUAAUUGUUUCUUAAACGUUGGAAUGUCCCAACCACAACUCAGGUCGGGGGAGUCCCCCUCGACAUGGGUCCCAUGUAAUCCCAUGCUACCUACUCCCUGGUCGGAUAGUCGGCGACUAAACCUGGUUUUUCAGGUGAGGAGGGGGCUAUGGACCCCCAGCAGGACCAAAAACAAGACCUGUCAAAGGCCGGAUGAGCUGCGAGCGAGCCAAGGGCCAUCCACACUUCAGUAGAAGUUGCGACCACUGUCAUACAUAGCGUUGUAAGGAAUGAUGAUAAAGCACAUACACCUAAAUCCCACACUUCCAGCAGCAGAAGUCCACAGGAACUGGAGGACAGAGGUGUGCAGUGUGUCCGUCACCAUUCCCGUCGGAAACCAGCACCACUGCGUCGCUAAUGUUUUCAACGAUGAUAAUAAAAAAUAUAUAAAAACAGCCUCAACUACCUCCUCUGGCAGCUUGUUCCAUAACACCCACCACUCCGUGGCCUCACCAUUGUCUUAUACAACUGCAACAUGACCUCCCAACUUCUAUACUCAAUACAAAGAUUGAUGAAAGCGAAUGUGCCAAACGCCUUUGUGACCACCCUUGUGAUCUACCUGCGACUUCACCUCCACGGCUAGACCCCUCUGCUCUACAACAGUCCCCAGGGCCCUACCAUUCACUGUGUAGGUCCUGCACGUUAGACUUACCAAAAUGCGACACAUCACCUUCACACAGAUGUGAAUGGAAAAUGUAUCCAGAGAGUGAUGUGAGGAAGAAGACAUGAGAAGAAUAUUGUCAUAUUCUAUGUUAUGACUGCAAGGCAUGAAAUUUCGUUCAGACUGAAACGUCUGAAUGACAAUAAAGGAUACUUUACUUUACUUUAUAUAGAGAAUAGAUCCUUAGUUAUUCAGCAUGGAAAUAACCCAUUCAUAAGUGAUAGCAGGACUAGGCCAUUUGGCUCAUCAGGACUAUUCCACCAGCCAAUCAUGGUUGAUGUAUCUCUCCCUCUCAAUCCUAUUCUCCUGCCUUCUCCCCAUAACCUCUGACACCCAUACUAAUCAAGAAUCUAUCUAUUUUUGGCUUAAAAAUAUCUAUUGACUUAACCUUCACAGCUUUCUGUGGCAAUGAAUUCCACAGAUUCACCACCCUCCUCAUCUCCUUCCUAAAGGAACGUCCUUUAAUUUUGAGGCUGUGACCUCUGGUCCAGGGCUGUCCCACUAGUGGAAACACCCUCUCCACAUCCCCUUUAUCCAAGCCUUUCACUAUUCAGUAAGAGGUCACCCCUCAACCUUCUAAACUCAUUCGGCCCAAAUUGUCCAUGCCGACCAAGAUGCCCCAUCUAAGCUAGUCCUAAUUGCCCGCACAUGGACCAUAUCCCUCUAAACUCUUCCUAUCCAUGUGCCCACCCAAAGGUCUUUUAAACUAAUGUACCUGCCUCAGCUACUUCCACUAUGCAGAAGGAUGGUGAAGUACAAGUACAGUGAUUUUUUGCUUGCAGUAACACCACAUGCCAUAGACUCAGAUAAACACGCAGUCAUAAAUUACAUGUAAAAUUACAGGUACAUUUUGCAAAACAGUAAAUGAAAAUAAAAAGACUGCAGAAUAAAAAGAUAUUUGUGUAAAACACAAAUUGGAAAAGAACAUGAGUGUGUGGUAGCUCAAGUAGUGUGUGGUGGUGUUCCCUUGCCAAGGUAGGAUUAGGGAUCAACAAGCUGAUAUGUAGGAAAGUUGCUAAUCCUGAGCCUGGUGGAGUGGUACAUUAGGCCUUCUGUACCCCUUGUAUAAUGGUUGUAGCAAUUCUUCCCAAAGUCCCAUCAACUCUCUUGAGAUUCCACCACUCACCUACAUACACGGGGUAAUUUAAAGCAGACAGUUAAAGGGGCUGUCCCACUGCGGCGACCUAAUCCACGAGUUAAGAAGAGUGUCUUCAACCUUCAAGCUCGACGGCACUCUAAACUCCAUAGUCCAUAAUCCAGAAUCCAGUCAGGAUCGAACCCAGGUUUCUGGCGCUGGAAGGCAGCAACUGUAUUUUAGCGGGUUCAGCUUUUGUGAAGUGUAAGUGUCAAUAUUAUUUGAUAAAAGGCAGAGACUUCUAUUGGCGUUCCAUCUACCAAUUUGCUGCAAACUGAGGUGCCAAAGCUGGUCUCGUGGGGUUCCAUGACCUUCCUACAUGCACUGGUGACAUACCAAAAAUGAGUGCCCUUUACAAGUAAUUCAACAGAUCUGAACAUGAGAGAUGAGAUAUUGCCUUAUACAUCCAAGAACAUUCUUUUCAGCUAUCAGUGAUGUUCAAUAACUUUCUCACACGCUGAAUAUAUAUACACACUGAUUUGUUUUUUCUCUCUCAUUUAUCAUAUUGUUUACAGUGUACUAUGUUUACAUAUUCCGUUGUGCUGCAGCAAGUAAGAAUGUCAUUGUUCUAUCUGGGACACAUGACAAUAAAACACUCUUGACAUGUUCGCAGGAGUUGAAAUCCGGAUUAUCACCAGCAGAGGGCCCUCAAAUGCCACAGGAAACACAACCACCUCUGCAACGUCUGACUGAUGAAGUGAAAAAAAGACUUGUAUUUUCCUCAAUUUCAUGGCUUCAGGCGUUUAAUGGCCAAUUAGCGACCCUUAAAGUAUUCUCAGUGUUGUGUUGCAGGAAACGUGGUGGACAAUUUGAGCACAGCAAAUUACAUUGAUUGGGGAUAAAUAUUGUCCAGGUGCCAGGGUUAACACACAUCUAAAAACAAUUGAAAUCGAUCCAAAUCAUUUCAAAAUGGUACAUUUAUUUAAAAUAUGUUUAACUGAUAAGAAUUGAUGAAGUUGAUUAAUAUUAAUUAAAAUAUAUGAAAAAAUAAACGUGCCCUCAGUUCUCAUAUCCAUCCAAUUCAGAUGUCCAAACGACGUAUGAUUUUUGUUGACAGGAUGCGAUGACAAUUUCUCCUUUGACUCUCCUCCCCUGCGUCUUGCUGCACAGGAGAUGGGGAACAGUGAGAGGAGAUCCACAGUUGAUGAAACGUCACUUCAAUGUGUGUCAACUAAAAGACACAUUGCAGGAAGACACCGAAGCUUUAUUGACAACACUUCCUGAACUCACGGUCCCACUCAUACAGAAAAAACAAAUUAGUAAGGACCAGUAAAGCUAAAUCUAGCACUAUCCCAACUCACUGUUGGGUCAAAAAUCCUGGAGCUUCCACAGGUGGUGGUAACCUCUCUACACUAACCAAAGUGGCUGAAGAAAACAUAAGAGACUGCAGAUGCUGGGUUCUUGAGUAAACAAUACUGCAGGAGGAACUCAGUGGGACAAGCAGGUCUGUGGAGUGAAAUAAACCCAAAACCUCCUCUGUCCUUUUCCUUCCACGAUGUUUGGUUCAAGGAAGUCGCUCAUCACGCUGGGACAAAAUAGAAUAGGCAGUUCCUAUAAGCCAUGAACUGGUAUCAAAACGAUAGUGUCUUUUGGACAGGUGAACACCACCUGCGGAAGUCUUCAAGCUGCACACUUUCCUGACUCGGAGAUAUAUUGCUGGUCCUUCAUUGGUGCCAGUUCUAAAUUCUGUAACAUUUGAUCCAAAAACAUCACGGGAAGCCCUUCACCAAAAGAACUGCAGGUGUUCAGCUCUUCACCAUCACCUCAAGAGCUCUUAGAGUCAGAGAGUUGAAGCGUCAUACAGCGUGGAAACAGGCCCUUUGGCCCAACUUGCCCAUGCCA